GAUAACAGUUUAUAAUGUAAGAAGUCGAUCAGUAUGGAAUGUAAGCUGUUUCUAGUUUUUGUCUGCUUUGGUUUGUCGUUCGGAGCUCACGUGGUUCAGCGACGUCAAGACACUGGAACUCCUCAUGGAAUAGGCGGUGUCUCCUGUCCUCACUUGUUCUACAGUGGAAACAGCACUUGCUACAGAGUUGUGCGUAUCAAAGCGACAUGGCCAGAAGCUCUGGCCUAUUGUGAGGCGUACAAAGCAGAGCUUGCUAUCAUUGAAGAUGAAAACGAACAAAGAUUUUUGGAAAACUACAUCAAGGCAGAAGCGGCCUCGUAUUCGACUGCGGAGUUUUGGUUGGGUGCAACUGACAUCAUGUCUGAAGGUGAUUGGCAGUGGGCUUUAACUAUGGAGAGGGUGUCAUAUACAAACUGGAAACCCGGAAAUCCAAAUAAUGGACACAAUGUUGAGCACUGUCUAAUGAUAGACGGAAGCAGCAGCUUCAUGUGGAAUGAUGAUAACUGUGAAACACACAAUUAUUUUGUAUGUGAAACCCUGGAAACAUCGUAAACCCUCGGAUUACAUGAAGAGAAAUAAUGCUCUAUUUUCUAGAAAUAAAAAAGGAGUUCUUCCUUCGUUGUAUUUCGAA